AUGAAGAUUAAGAACCAUUCAAUCUUUAAUAAAAGCAAACUGUAACAAUACAGAAUUUGUGAAAUAAUUCCUACAAUUUGUGGAGUGAAUGGUAUUACAUAUAUUCCAGAUGAAUAGCCAAUAUUGAUACAAGUUUCAAAUUGUACAUGUUCUAAUAAGAAAAUCAACUUUUCUAAUUCAAAUAAAUGGAAUCAGAAAGAUAGAAUUCGUUCUUAUUCUUAAGUAAUUUAAAGGCCUAUAACCAGAAAAUCUACAAGAAUACUCACAUAAGUUUAGGAGAAAACACCUCCAAAAUUUUUAACAUUAAGGGUGUCAGCUAGAAGGUGGUGUGCUUAUCAAAACAGCUCAAAGUUUUAUGGAGUGAAUGAAAAUAUGAAAUGUGAAGUUGGAUGCCUAACUAAAUUAAUGGCAAUUUAUUCUAUACUGUAAUUAUGUUAAGACUACAAAAUGAAGUUGCAAAUACCUUAUUACGCAGAAAGUGUACCUGAACCUAAAGCUGAUUUAAAUUCUUAUAAUUAUUUGACGCUAGAAUAACUUUUGUAUGCUCUUAUUUUGAGAGGAGGAAAUGAUGCUUUAUGGAGUAUUUUAAAUGGAUUAUGUGAAAAAUUAUAUAGAAUUACUUAAAGAAAUUUGAUAAAAAAUAAAUUCCUUGAUUUAUUUAAUAGAAAUGCAUAAUAAUUAAAGAUGAAUAAUACUAGAUAUACCAAUUUAGAAGGUUUAGUCGAUCCUAAUAAUGUGACUACAGCGAAGGAUAUGUGUUUACUUUGUGAUUAAUUAUUGAAAUUUGAAAUAUUUUAAAGAAUUUUGAAAACAAAAAGUUAUACUUGUAGAGCCACAUAUGAAAAUGGUGAUCUUUCUACUGUUUACACUUGGAAAAAUAGAUAAAUAAAAUUUAUGAAAAAAGGGUUUUAUGGAUUUUAGGGAUUAAAUAAUAAUAGUGGAUCUUGUACUUUAUUAAUACCAGAAAAUAAUACAAAUUAAAUAUUCAUUAUACUUUUAAAAUGUAAUCCUAAAUAAGAAAUAGCCGAUGCUUUUAUGAUAACCAACAAUUAAUUAUAAUAGAUAUGA